UGAUGAUGAUAAAGAUGAUGAUGAUGUGCACACAAAUAGUGAACAAGUUACAAGUGUGUAUGUGUGCGCGUGUGCGUGCGCGGUUUGUAUGUACGUACAGUCCGCACACACACACGGGCAGGCAGUCCUGAUGCUGGGGCCUCCAUCAUGGCGUCGAUGCAGAAAAGGCUUCAGAAAGAACUGUUAGCCUUGCAAAAUGACCCACCUCCUGGAAUGACCCUAAAUGAAAAGAGUGUACAGAAUACAAUAACACAGUGGAUUGUAGAUAUGGAGGGAGCUUCUGGUACUCUUUAUGAAGGAGAAAAAUUUCAGCUGCUUUUCAAAUUCAGUAGUCGAUAUCCCUUUGACUCACCUCAGGUAAUGUUUACGGGAGAAAAUAUACCUGUCCAUCCUCACAUUUAUAGCAACGGUCACAUCUGCCUGUCCAUCUUAACAGAAGAUUGGUCGCCAGCACUCUCUGUACAGUCUGUCUGUCUUAGUAUUAUCAGCAUGCUGUCCAGCUGCAAAGAAAAGAGGCGGCCUCCUGAUAACUCCUUUUAUGUACGAACAUGUAAUAAAAAUCCAAAGAAGACUAAAUGGUGGUAUCAUGAUGACACCUGUUAAUAUUACAUUUUGUAUAACACUUAGAAGAGAGAAGUCCUACUGACAAACAAGCACUUUUUAAAUGAUUAAGUCUCUGGACUCUGAAACCUCAGACUGGGAGCUAUGGACUGCAGAUGAAGAUCCGAAGGAUCUGACCUGUAAUGGAAAGGCUGGUCAAAUGCAGGAUGCAAAAUGCAUAUUUUAAAGUUCUAAAUAAAGACGUUGAGCGAAGGAUCGAUGGAGACGCACAUGAACUGGAUUGAUUAAUACAGUGAGUCUUUACUUCUGGGUAAUGAGGUUAUUCUUUUUUCAGAUCUACAUGUUCUUGUAUGUUUUCCCUUUGUUUUAUAUAUUGAUUUGUUUUAAGGUUAUUGGUAUGUUUGUGCAAUAAUGAUGCGAUUUGUAUGGAAGGUUUUUUAAGCACUGAAAUCUCAAGGAAGUGCUUCAUCUCUGUUUCUUUUUUUUAACUAUGUUUAAAUGCAGUGAGGAGUUUGUGUUUUGUCUGCUGAGACGAAUUCAACCAUAGUCAGCAGACAGGUGACAAAUUAAAGGAAAUGCAGACAUGAAUUGUAAUAAUCAAGGUUUUGGGCAUCAUGGGCUGCCAUCACAAUUUUGUGGUGUCACAAAAACAAUAUAUUUACACAUGUACAUCUUUUCAGCCUAUAUUGGGUUAUCUCUGCCCAUUCAUAUUAGGGUUAUGAAGUAACAUAUGAUAAGAUAAGAUAAUCCUUUAUUGAUCGCAGUGUGGGGAAUUGCCAUGUUGCAGCAUCACAGAGAACAGAGCAGAAGGAGUGUCACUAUAUAGAAUCUGUCUAUAAAAGAACAGAAAUAAAAGAGAAUAUAAACUACUAUAAAAUAUAUAAAUCUAGAAAAACUAAGAUUAGAGGAAACAUGGUUAUCCAGUAUCAACAUAGGUUGAUAGUAAAUAAAUAGCAAAUAAAUUAAUAGUUUAUUAGGUGGUUAUAUUGGCAAUAGUGAUAAUGAUGGUAAACAGCAUUUGAAUAAGAUGAAUUUCAGCAUUUUUGGACUGCUUUUGAAACAAGGCACAGUACAGAUCAGACAAUCAGAACAAAGGUAUUUUACUAAUUUGGCACAGUAACAGGAACAAAGUGUUACAUUCUAUAGGAUAAGCAAUGAAAUGCUAUCAGCAGCAUAAAUGGAACACAUAACACAAAAUAACACAAAAAUAUAAGCUUAUUAAUUGUAUCAUAUACCCCUAUCUGGAAACAUUAAUUUAAUUAAAUUUUUCUUUUGUCACCUGUCUGUAUUAGGCCUGGGCGAUAGGUAGAUGUAAUAAGAUAUUAGCAGUGAUGCUUUAGAUUUGAUCAUUGCUGUGUUGGGAAAACAGAUGUAGAAAUUGACGCUCUUUUUAAUUUAAUACAACUUUUUGUUUUAUUAUUAAAGGUGCAUGAAAUAUUUAACCUAUUUUUACUGUAGGAACAGUUAGGAUGGUCUCAGACAUUACGUUAUCGACUUAUUGUCGAUGUAUAUAGUACUACAAUUACAUUUACAACAUUUAGCUGACUUUUUUUUAUUACAGAGGUGGACCAAUGUAGUGUUAGGCGUCUUGCCCAAGGACUCUUAUUGGUGUAGUGCAGCAUUCAGUCACCCAGACCAGGAAUUGAACCCCAGUCUCCACAUGAUGUGGUAGCUUACAAGCAGGAAGUGGUGUUAUUUACUGUGCCACACCAACCAACAACCAUAUUUGGACAUCUCCUAGGUAUUGCCUAUUAUGUUUUUUGUUAGCAGGGAGAGCCCAUUAACAUAAAUGAGUGGGCAUGUCUACUUUGUUUAAAAACAGCCCUUAAGUUGUAUUAAAAUAUUUUUAUAUUACAGUUCUAAUGUCUGAAUAUUCCUGGAAAAACAGUUAAUUGCUUUUUAAAAGGUUGUAACUGCAUUAUUAUGCUAUUACAAUAUAAUUAUAUUAGUAGCAUAAAAUUAUUUUAUAAUGAUAAUAUAUCACAACAGUUUCUGGUGUAGUAUAUUGUCCAAACAAAAAUAGUUAAUGUCACAGACCUAGAAAUAUUUUUAUUACAGUACAGUGGAAUAUAGUUGAAUAUUACAGUACAAAUCCAUGCAUGUAUGGAAGGUUCUACAGAGUGAUAUGUACUGAGUCUUAAAUGUACCAGUGGUUCUGAUGAGUAGUGAAAUUAUCCAAAUAUAAUACCUCAUGGCUUUCCAUACAGUAUGUGGCUCUCAAAGGUUCUCCAGAAGGCAUUUGCUAUAUUGAAGGAAAAUGCCUUGUUUUCUAUAACAUGUGAAACACAUGGACUUGAGUUUAGAAAUGUAUGGCUUAGCGUUUCAAUAUGAAGAUUCUCCAGUAGGGGAGAGAGCACUGAGAGCAGGAUUGUUUAAACAGAAUUUCAUCCUUUACACAUACGUCACACUUACAAAAUUUAAGGUUUUAUUCCAAACAUUAAGUGACAGUUUAUUGAGGUAAUGAGUAGUGCAAUAUUAUAUUAUUUAAAAUGUAAAUGAUAAAGUUGAUGCUAAGAGCAACAUAACGUAUAAAGGAUGGUUAUAAAUGUUAUUGAUACCUAGAAGAAAAUAUUAUCGUAUUUUCAGAUAUCGCCCAGGCCUAGUUUGUAUUUUUCCACACAAUGAUUUGUCUAAUGUUUAAGUACAACGCAUUAACUCCAGAGCUAAACUGGCUCAUUGUUUUAAAAUGUGCACUGAACCUGUUCGCAUAUGGCUACAAUGGGUGACAACAUUUAUGUAAUGAAUGUAUGUGUUGCUUUUUCUGUUUUAAUUCUGUUUUAUAUUAUAUUAAGCACAAUAAUGUAUUUGUUGUUUUUUCUGUUUUUAUUUUAGAAGCUCUGACAGUGUGUAUUUUAUUUAAUUCUGAUUCAUAUCAUAUUAGCUGGUGUAAAAAUACUCUGUAAAGUUCCCAGUAUUGGCUCUCCUGGCCGCUCUCUUCUGUCUCAGGUACUUUUUUCCAGACAAAAUCACCUACAGAUAUUUGAAAUGUUAUUAUAUUUUCUCUUAAAGGACUGUUACAUAUUUAAACAAAAAACAUGUGUAUGCCUGGAUUGUAUGCAUAUUGCAAGUUACCCUCUGCUGCAUGGUCAUGAGUAGUGAAUAAUUACAAGUUAAUUAAAUAACAUUCUUUGCAAAUGUAAAUUAGGAUUUUAAAGCUGGACUUGUUCAGAAAUGUUUUAUUUUAGAGUAGCUUAAAGGGGAAUUCUGCUGAAAUUCUUUGUAUAAGUCAGUGUUUGAGAUGAACGCAUUUAGAGUGGGGAUUGGUGUGAAAUUGUGGCUGAUUAUAGAGAAUCUGACUGACUCAGAUUACAGUGGUGGUGAGAAUAAGUUCGCAUCACAUUGAGCACAACACUAAUAUAUGCUUUUUAUAUAUUAUUUCCAGUUUUAGAUUUCAUGUAAAAGAUGAUAAUAUAUUGGUAGAAAUACUUAUAUGGGACUAUAUUGUGCUUCACAACACACUGAAUAUAUCCCUCCACUAUUUUCAUGAUAUCUGAUUUGAAGACCAAAUCUGAUUGUUUUAAACCAAAUAUGUUCUAGUACCAGGGAUCAGGCAAUGUUUUCAUGGUCAUAAUAUGUAUAAUGAAAUAAUUUUCUGCCUCUGAAUCCACCACCACUGUAAACAAAUCUGAUUGUAAUUUGCUCUAGAAUUAAGCAUUUUACAGUAAACUACUCUGAAUGAUUUUGCUUACUUAUUAACUGUUUAAUUAUGCAAAGAAUUUACAUAUUGAAUGAAAUUCCCCCAUAGCCCUCUAUUGUACUAGCAGUCAAAUAUGUAUUUUUUUGGUGGUCUUCCACAAUGUUUAUAAUAACUUCACACACUCCAAAGAUGUAUUUUGUUGCCAUUUGUUCAGAAAUACUUGAAUCUUUCAUUCUUGAUAUUGUCUUCUUGUCUGUGCUUGAAUGUAUGUGUGUGUGACUGAGAGGGAAAAACAGCUGGCUGUGACUUUUUUGUCUGCACACCUAUAUGAAGUUACUGUACAGCUAGUUGGUUGCUUGAGUGUUUUUUUGUGCUUCUCUAUAGGUGUAAACACUGACAGUACUACAGCAUUUAUAACAGUAUAUAUCUGCUCAUAGAGCACUACUCCUGAAAUCAGUGUAAUAGUAGGAGGUGUGUCCCCUUUGCUGCAAUAACACAAUCAUCUGUAAAGGCUUUACACUAAUAGUUAAAGCACUGAUGUGUGGAGGGUGUGGUUGUUUUAACCCCAAAAACAAUAACAUCAGUGAGGUCUGGUAUUGGAAAGAGGUUUUUCACUUCAGAGAACAUGGUUCCCCUGCUCCACAGCCCAGUGCUGGGGGGCUUUAGGCUCAUGUGGUCUAAACAAACAAUUUAGUAAAAUAAUUUUACUAGUUGCCUGAAUUGUAUGCGUAUUAGAAGCUGCUGCAUGGUCCUGAGUAGUGAAUAAUAAGUUUUAAAGCUGGACUUUUAGAAAUUUAGCUUAUUGGAGAAUUCUGAAAUUCUUUGUAUGAAUCAGAGUUUGAGAGAACACAUUCACAUUGGGGUUUGGUGUGAAAUUGUGUUUAAUUAUAGAGAAUCUGACUGACUCAUAUUUCAUUAGAGUGGUGGUAAGAAUAAGCUGGCAUCACAAUGACUACAACACCAAUAUAUGCUUUUUAUUCACUACACUAAUUCUACCAGUGCAGCUACACAUGUAAAAACUGAUUUAGUGAAAAAGAUGGUGAAAUAGUGGCAUAUAUACAUAUUUAUAUUGGACUAUUUUGUGCUUUAGUACCCUGCAUAUAUCCGUCCACUAUUUUCAUGAUCUUUGAUUUUGUUUUUAUAUAUAUAUUUUUAUGUAUUAUAGUAUAUUAUAUUAUAUGCCAGAAUAAAUGUAUAACCUAAAAUAAGAGACCACUUACAA